AUGGACAGCCUGGAUGGAAAGGGCAAACUCUUCGACACACACAACCCACCAAAGCUGAAUUAUGAAGAAACAGGACAUCUCACGGACCUGCAGCUCUUACAGAGACUGAAUCGGUCCCCCGGCCCGCCUUCUCCCCGCGGUCCCCGGCCCGCCUUCCCUCGGCGGGAGCGGCGGCCCAGGCCGGCGGGCGGAGGCGGCGCCACCCGGGGCGCUGACGUAGAGGCCGCUCGGCGGCCGGGGGUCCCUUCGCGCACAAAGCGGGCCCGGGGGCCGCGCCGGGAAGUUGGGGCGCCGCGGGCCGGGCGGCUGACAGCAGGGGCCGCGGGGAGGCCGGCUCCAGGCCCAGGCCCGGCCCGCCGCCUCCCCCGCGAAGUUGCAGGAACUUUCCCCGCGCGGGCCCCGGAGAGGCGCGAGCGGCGGCCCGGACGCCGGCGGGCCCGGCCAGGGGGGCGGCCGGCGCGCCCACCCUCCGUCGCGGCCCCCGAGCCCCGGGACGCGACGCGCACGGAAGGAAACACCUUUGCAGCAGGGAGUCACUCGCAGCGCCAGGUGGGCAAGCUGGGCUCUUCGCGGCACCCCGAGUCCCAGGCGCAGGCUCUCCAGCGCCCCCAGCAGCAGUGGCCUGAUGCAGGUGCAGGCACGGGCUCUCCAGCGCCCCCGGCGGCCUGGUGCGGGUGCAGGUGCGGGCACGGGCUCUCCAGCGCCCCCAGCGGCAGUGGCCUGGUGCGGGGCUCUCCGGCGCCCCCUGGCGGCCUGGCGUGCGGGCACGGGCUCUCCAGCGCCCCCAGCGGCAGUGGCCUGGUGUGGCGCUCUCCAGCGCUCCCCUGGGUGCCUGGCCCGAGUGCGGGCAGGGGGCUCUCCAGUGCCCCCCCCCCCGGCGGCCUGGUGCUGGUGCGGGCACGGGCUCUCCAGCGCCCCCCGGCGGCCUGGUGCAAGUGCAGCUGUGUGGGAGUAGAAGAGGAGGAGGCCCCAGACAUCGACAUAUACCACUGCCCGAACUGCGAGAAAACCCACGGGAAGUCUACCUUGAAGAAGAAGAGGGCCUGGCACAAACAUGGCCCGGGGCAGACGCCCGACGUGAAGCCUGUGCAGAAUGGCAGCCAGCUCUUCAUCAAGGAGCUGCGGAGUCGGACCUUCCCCAGCGCGGAAGACGUGGUGGUCCGCGUGCCAGGCAGCCAGCUAACGCUGGGCUACAUGGAGGAGCACGGCUUCGCUGAGCCCAUCCUCGUCCCCAAGAAAGACGGGCUGGGCCUGGCGGUCCCAGCCCCCACCUUCUAUGUCAGCGACGUCGAGAACUAUGUGGGCCCAGAGCGGAGCGUGGACGUGACAGAUGUCGCCAAGCAGAAGGACUGCAAGAUGAAGCUGAAGGAGUUUGUGGAUUACUACUACAGCACCAACCGCAAACGGGUUCUCAACCUCACCAGCCUUGAGUUCUCCGACACCAGGAUGUCCAGUUUCGUGGAGCCGCCUGACAUCGUCAAGAAGCUGUCGUGGGUGGAGAACUGCUGGCCCGAUGACGCGCUGCUGGCCAAGCCCAAGGUGACCAAGUACUGCCUCAUCUGUGUGAAGGACAGCUACACCGACUUCCACAUCGACUCGGGCGGCGCCUCUGCCUGGUACCAUGUGCUCAAGGGGGAGAAGAUCUUCUAUCUCAUCAAGCCGGCUUCAGCCAAUAUCUCCCUCUAUGAGCGCUGGCAGUCGGCCGCGAACCACAGCGAGAUGUUCUUUGCUGACCAGGUGGAUAGAUGUUACAAGUGCACCCUCAAGCAGGGCCAGACGCUCUUCAUCCCCUCGGGCUGGAUUUACGCCACGCUCACACCUGUGGACUGCCUGGCCUUCGCGGGACAUUUCCUCCACAGCCUGAGCGUGGAGAUGCAGAUGAGAGCAUACGAAGUGGAAAGGAGGUUGAAACUGGGCAGCCUGACUCAGUUUCCCAACUUUGAAACAGCCUGCUGGUACAUGGGGAAGCAUCUGCUGGAGGCGUUCAAAGGUUCUCACAAGUCUGGGAAGCAGCUGCCUCCCCAUUUAGUCCAAGGAGCUAAAAUUCUCAAUGGUGCUUUUAGAUCAUGGACGAAGAAGCAGGCUUUGGCAGAGCAUGAGGACGAGCUCCCAGAGCACUUCAAACCUUCCCAGCUCAUCAAAGACCUCGCCAAAGAGAUCCGCCUCAGCGAGAAUGCCUCCAAGGCCGCCCGACCCGAAGUGACCCCGGCCAUCUCCUCAGAUGAAGUCUGUUUUGGGGACCGGGAGAAAGAGGAGCCCCCAUCCCCUAUUGAGGCCAGCCCUCCUCGGUCCUUCCUGGAGAAAGUAUCCAAAAAAAAGACUCCCAAAACCGUGAAGAUGCCCAAGCCAUCCAAAGUUCCCAAGCCCCCCAAGCCCCCCAAACCCCCAAAGCCCCCCAAACCACUGAAGCUCAAGGAUGGGGGCAAGAAGAAAGGGAAGAAGUGCAGGGGGGCAGCCUCGCCCACCAUCCCCAACCUGGACCUUCUGGAGGCCCAUACCAAGGAGGCGCUGACCAAGAUCGAGCCUCCCAAGAAAGGCAAGGCCACAAAGAGUGUCCUGAGCGUGCCCAACAAGGAGGCGAUCAGCUCGCAGAAUGACGUGGAGAGGCUAGAAAUCCGAGAGCAAACUAAGAGCAAGUCAGAAGCCAAGUGGAAGUACAAGAACAGCAAACCUGACUCCCUGCUGAAGAUGGAGGAAGAGCAGAAGUUGGAGAAGUGUCCUCUGUCAGGGAACAAGGACCCCAAGUUCUCGUUUUCCUUCAACAAGAGACUGCUGGGCUCCAAGGCCCUCAAGCCGCAGCCCAGCCCAGGCGUGUUUGGGGCCGUGCAGAGCUUCAAGGAGGACAAGCCCCAGCCGGUGCGGGAUGAGUACGAGUAUGUGUCGGACGACGGGGAGCUCAAGAUUGACGAGUUUCCCAUCAGGAGGAAGAGGAGUACCCCCAAGAGAGAUUUGUCUUUCUUGCUGGACGGGAAGGAGCCUCUGGCCACGCCCGCUACGAAGCCAAAGCUGGACUCGGCGCUCUAUAAGAGUGACGACUCCUCGGACGAGGGCUCGCUGCACAUCGAUACAGACACCAAGCCCGCCCGCAACGCCAAAGGGAAGAAGGAGGGCGUGGGCUCUGCCGCGGGCAUCCUGGACCUGCUGCAAGCCAGCGAGGAGGUCGGCGCGCUUGAGUACAACCCCAGCAGCCAGCCCCCGGCCUCCCCCAGCACGCAGGAAGCCAUUCAGGGAAUGCUGUCCAUGGCCAACCUGCAGGCCUCUGACUCCUGCCUGCAGACCACGUGGGGCGCCGGCCAGGCCAAGGGCAGCUCACUGGCGGCCCACGGUGCCCGGAAGAACGGGGGUGGCGGCAAGAGCGCGGGCAAGCGGCUGCUGAAGAGGGCGGCCAAGAACAGCGUGGACCUGGACGAUUACGAGGAGGAGCAGGACCACCUGGACGCCUGCUUCAAGGACUCAGACUACGUUUACCCCUCCCUGGAGUCUGACGAGGACAGUCCGGUCUUCAAGUCCCGGUCCAAGCGGAGGAAAGGCUCUGACGACGCUCCCUACAGCCCCACAGCGAGGGUCGGCCCAUCGGUGCCAAGGCAGGACAGGCCUGUGCGUGAGGGCACCAGAGUGGCUUCCAUCGAGACUGGGCUGGCAGCUGCUGCAGCCAAGCUGUCCCAGCAGGAGGAGCAGAAGAGCAGGAAGAAAAAGAACACCAAAAGGAAGCUGGCUCCCAACACUCCCUCCCCCUCGGCCUCCACCAGCACCACCUCGGCCUCCACCACCUCGGCCUCCACCACCUCGGCCUCCACCACCCCGGCCUCCACCACCCCGGCCUCCACCACCCCGGCCUCCACCAGCACGGCCAGCAGCCAGGCCUCACAGGAGGGCAGCUCACCCGAGCCCCCGCCUGAGGCACACAGCAGCAGCCUGGCGGACCACGAGUACACCGCGGCCGGAGCCUUUGCAGGGGCCCAGGCUGGCCGUGCCUCCCAGCCCAUGGCCCCUGGGGUCUUCCUCUCGCAGAGGCGGCCCUCCGCGUCAUCCCCCAACAACGCCGCUGCCAAAGGAAAACGUACAAAGAAGGGCAUGGCCACCGCCAAGCAGAGGCUUGGAAAAAUUUUGAAAAUUCAUCGGAACGGAAAACUGCUCCUUUAAAGUUUGGAAAGCCAGGAUCCUUCUGCUCCGCUCAGGACCCCCGGAGCCCCGCUAGAACAUCAGCCCCCAGGAGGGUGGCCACGCUGCCUCACCCCGGGGAGGGCCUGGCCCCCUCCCGGCCACCACUCCCCCCAUAUGAGCAUCUGUUGCUUCAGCAGGCGGAGCUCACCAAUGUGGACAGACGUCCUUUCUCAAGUUGCUUAGAGUGACCAGUUCCCGAAACUCGGCCCUGCCUGGUUGAGGACCAUUCCAGUUUCAGGAGAGCCUCCGGGUACCCCUGAUGUGGGUGUGAUCGCAGGGCUUCUGCAGCUCUGCUGGGAGCAUGAGUCCUUCGAGGAAGGAGUGAGCCAAUGCUCACCAGGCCCAGAGUCUGAGCUGGCCACAGGCUGGUAGCCUCCAGAGGCUUAAAAAAGGCAAAGAACACUAGAGAGGAAGAGGAGGAGAAAAUGGGGUAUUAUGUGCCCCCCCUACUGUUCCCAAGUGAUUCUCAGACAGUC